GCUCGCCAGGUGCGUUGCCGUCAUUGCCCUCCCUAAAAUCGCCCAAUUGCAAUGCGCGGUGCUGUCACAUAGUCGCCGAAGUUCCAAGCUGUAUAUCGCGACCGCAUCGAAUCGCCGCAUCGAAUCACCGUCCCGCGAGCUCACACAGCAACGAGAGCUUCGUAUUCGUAUCACCGCUGUUCACGCGUUACAGCACGUGUUUCCGGGUCGCCAACAUGAGUUCCGACGACGACGCGACUCAGCUCAUGGCAGCGUUCAGGAGAGGAGGCGCAACGAGGUCUGGCGCGAAUAAUCUCAAGCCCGCCAGCACACGCGGCCGCUCAACGCCGCGCCGCUCGCCUGCUCGAACAUUACCAGCGAAACAGGGUGCCACGGUUGCAGUCGAAAACAUGUUUACCGAUUCGAGCUCCGAUGAGGACGAGAUCAACGCUGAGUCGCCGCCGUCCAAGAUCCAGAGGGUGUUACAUGUUCGAACAAGCCCUGUCCGCAACAGGAGCGAAUAUACAUAUUAUGAACCGCGAGAUGAGGUCGAAAGCAUCGUGCUGGAGCGUACAUCAAGGAAGGGUGAUAUCAUAUAUGAUGUCAAGCUUGUUAGUGGUGAGACAAAGGAGAUCAACUUUGAGGAGCUCCUCGAACUUCCCGGUGGCCCAGCUGCGCUGAACAAUCACGAGCCCGAAGACGCCACCUCCACAAGUGCCGACGACAUGAGGCUCCGCGGAAGGACCUCCAAAGCAAACAAUGAUGGCUUUGUGGAUAUUACUACAAUCGACAUUUCCUCGUCAGAGGACAAUGACAUGAACGACGACAAGCUCGUUUCAAACAUGAAACGACGCAAAAGCCGUGUUGGUAGACCAGUCAAGAGUGACAAGAAUGGUUCGCGCUCGUUGCGGAAUCGAUCAGACCUGAGCGACCCUAUUGAACUUACAAGCAGCGAUGAAGAUAGUGAAGAAUCGGGCAAGCAGCGCAGGCGACGCAAGAAGGUCCAGGAGCCUACGCGACGAUCUACACGACAACCGGUGCCAGUUCGAAACUUCGAUGAUGAGGAAAGCGAGGACGAUGAAGAGACCAGCGACUCCGAUGACAUACUGCGUUCGAACAUAUUCCCUGGUGGUAAGCGCAAGAGGCGGGGCUUUCGCGCAUCCAAACCAGAAAAGGUCCGGCGUAUUGGUGCGCGCCAGUCUGAACGAUCGACGCGUGCAACAAACAACAUGGAGGAAGCGGGGGAACACGACAUCUAUCGCUCGGACUCGGCGCCAAAGCCCUCUGCACCGCAGGUCAAGGCUGUUCGAGAGGUUUUCGAGACGCGCCCUCGUGGCGACCUCUUCCGCUCUCGACACGUUGAAGGCUGCGAGGUGUGCUACGAUGGCCCCAAUGUUGCUCCGCUUGUUUACUGCCAGGGCUGCUCCCUAGCAUACCACAAGAAUUGUUUGGGUACCAGAAGCUCCCGCGAGCAUCUUGUUACCAAAGUUGGCGAUGAGCAAUUCAUCUUACAAUGCAAGCGAUGUGUGAAUGUCUACCAAAAGAAGGAUCGUUUUGCGCCUAAUCUAUCCAAAUGCCAGGAUUGCGGCAAAACCGGCGAUUCCUGCAAACCAUUCAGGCACCGGAAGACCACUAUGCAAGAGAUGAAGGACCGUGAAGACAACGACGGUGACGAUCCCAUAACUGACGUUCCCUCCGAGCUCGUCAAUAAUCCUCACAAUGUUCUGUUCCGCUGCACAAAGUGUUCGCGAGCAUGGCAUUACCACCACUUGCCGCCUUUGUCACCAUACGCGAUAGACGUGAACCGCGACGAUCAGGAGCUGGCAGACGAACGCUUCCGUGAGUACUCGAACAAGUGGAUGUGCAAAGAGUGCGACAACACUGGCGAUAAAAAAGUCGGAGGUCUUGUUGCUUGGCGCCCAUCAGACGUCGAAGCGUAUCAGCCUGGCACCCCAUGUGAGCUCGUCAAUGAAGACGACAAGCAGUAUCUCAUUAAGUGGGAAAACCAGUCGUACUUCCGCGCUGCCUGGUUCUCCGGAGCUUGGACAUGGGGCGUCAGCGCAACUGCUAUGCGCAGGGCCUUCUUCAAGAAAGAAGAUGGACCGAAGAUGCGUACUGAAGAUGCGAUACCUGAAGAGUACCUGCGCAUUGACAUCGUUUUGGACAUCAAGUUCACCAGUUAUGUCGAAAUCCGAUCCGAGGAGAUCGACAAGGCACGUAUUAAAGAGGUUGACAAAGCUCUCAUCAAGUACAAGGGCCUCGGAUAUGAGGAUGCUGUCUGGGAGAAGGUUCCAACGUCCGAGGACGGAGACCGUUGGCUCGACUUUGUCACUGCAUACAACGAUUGGGUUGCGGGACGAUACAUCAAGGUACCCAAGCAAGGUCCGCUCAGGGCUCGCCUUGAGAAAGUCCGAAAUACUGCGUUCGCCAAACUAGAGAGGGAAGCUCAGCCGGAGAACCUCGUCGGAGGCGAGCUGAUGAAGUAUCAGAUGGAGGGUCUGAACUGGCUAUAUUAUCAGUGGUACAACCAGAAGAAUGGAAUCCUCGCUGAUGAAAUGGGUCUCGGAAAGACCAUCCAGGUCAUUGGGUUCAUGGCCACCUUGGUUCAGGAACACAAUUGCUUUCCGUUCAUCAUUGUGGUGCCCAACUCUACUUGCGCCAAUUGGCGUCGCGAGAUCAAGCAGUGGGCCCCAUCCUUGCGCGUCGUGGCCUACUUCGGUUCUAGUAAAGCUCGUGAGAUGGCGUACAAGUACGAGAUGUAUCCUGAGGGAACAAAGGACCUUCGUUGUCACAUUGUUGUGACCUCAUACGAGACCGCGUCAGACGACAGCAGCAGGAGAUUCCUGCGAGGCGUCAACUGGGCCGGAUUGAUCACGGAUGAGGGGCAACGCCUGAAGAACGACAAGAGCCAGCUCUAUACUGCGCUCUCGGCAGUCAAAGCGCCCUUCAGGUUGCUCAUGACCGGUACACCCCUUCAGAACAACGCACGAGAGCUGUUCAACCUACUUCAAUUCCUGGACGAAAAUAUUAAUGCUGCUGAACUCGAGGAGAAGUACGCCGAGAUGACAUCUGAGAACAUCAAAGAGCUGCAUGAACAGAUUCGACCAUACAUCCUCCGCCGCACUAAAGCUCAGGUCCUGACCUUUCUCCCUCCUCUUGGUCAGAUUAUCUUGCCAAUUUCCAUGAGUCACUUGCAGAAGCAGGUUUACAAGUCAAUCUUGUCCAAGAGCCCUGAACUGCUGAAGGCUCUUUUCACCUCAGACAAAUCUCUCAAGCAGCAAGAGCGUGCCAAUCUGAGCAACAUCUUGAUGCAGCUGCGCAAGUGCCUGUGUCAUCCUUUCGUCUACAGCCGUGAGAUUGAGGAGCGAACGGAUGUAGCCGCCGUCUCUCACCGCAAUCUCGUCGAAGCGUCUGCGAAGCUUGGUCUGCUAGAAACCCUACUGCCAAAACUUAAAGAGCGUGGCCAUCGAGUGUUGAUCUUCAGCCAGUUCCUCGAUAUGCUCAACAUUAUCGAAGACUUUCUAGAUGGUAUGGAGAUGUCGUAUCAACGUCUUGACGGCACCAUGGGGUCGCUCGAGAAGCAGAAGCGCAUCGAUCAGUUUAAUGCACCUGAUUCGCCUCUUUUCGCGUUCCUGCUCUCGACGCGCGCAGGUGGUGUUGGCAUCAACCUUGCGACCGCCGAUACUGUCAUCAUCCUCGAUCCUGACUUCAACCCUCAUCAAGAUCUACAGGCCAUUGCACGAGCUCACCGUAUCGGUCAGAAGAACAAGGUGCUAUGCUUCCAACUUCUGACCCGAUCUUCCGUGGAGGAGAAGAUCGUGCAAAUGGGUCGCAAGAAGAUGGCUCUCGACCACGUUGUCGUAGAGCAGCUGGACGCUGAUGAAGAUGAAGAACAAGAUGUUGAGUCAAUUCUCAAGUAUGGCGCCGCUGAGCUCUUCAAAGACGAUACUGCAGACCAUGAUAUCCGUUACGACGAUGCAUCUGUCGAGAAGUUGCUCGAUCGCAGCCAGAUCGAGAACACUCGCGCUGCCCCUGGCGACGACUCAGCGGAGUCGCAGUUCAGCUUCGCACGUGUUUGGGCCAAUGACACAGGUUCGCUACAAGACAAUCUCGACAUCGCUGAAGUGGAGACAGCUCCUGACCCAGGUGUGUGGGACAAGAUCCUGAAGGAACGCCAAGCACAAGCUGCCGCUGAAGCGCUUGCUCGGGCGCAUGCUUUGGGCAGAGGCAAGCGCGCUCGAGUCAAUGUCGACUACAUGACCGAGCAAGAGAAAGCCAAAGCUGCUGCUGAUGACAGCGAAGAAGAUGCUGAGCCUCCAUCGCCUGUCAAGGUCAACAAGAAAAAGAAGCAGAAGCGUUCCGACUCAGGAAGCGACACUGACUUCCAAGUUGACUCGGAUGAGGAUACCGAGGUCGAAGUGGAGGAUCCGGAAGGUAAUGUGCAACAAGAGCUCGCAGAUUCGACUCAACAGCGCGGCAUCGGCAGUCUUGCCCGUCAGCUUCCACCGCGACCAACAGGUGAAGACCAGCUUCGUGUUCCGGGCCAGCCUACAGCUGUCGUCUCCGCUCCUACGCCACCGAAACGCAGUCCAGCCAAACCGGCCAAACCAAAGAGCAGUGUCAAGCCUUUUGUCCGCGCGCAUAUCCCUAUUCGGAACCCCUUCGAUCCGACCCAACCGCACACCCUCCGCAUUUGUCCUGCAUGCCACAAGUCCCAUCCUUCCGGUGCUUGUGAGCUUAAAGUGGCUGGUGUCGAGCACUGCGGACUUUGUGGGCUGGCGCACUAUGGCUACAGUCGCACCUGCCCCCACAUCAAAUCCGAGACACAGGUCCGCGAGAUGCUGCAGGCGCUUAAGAACUCACCCGAGAAGAAAGAACUCAUUGACCUCGCAGUCAAGUACCUCCGCGGCGUAAAGGGCACACUGGUGCAGCAGAAGAGGCGCGACCGCGAGAAGGCGGCUGGUAUGAACCAAAAUAUGGCUGCCACUAAUGCCGCACUUUCUUAUGCCACCGGAAGAAAAGGCAUUGGAAGCGGCCCACCUCCUGACGCGCAGCUCAAUCAACAUGCGAAACAGGGAAAGGACGUUCAUCAGUCGUGCGUUCCUCCUCCUCGGCAGCAGGAGCAGAUGGCGUUUUCACACCAACUGCAGGGUGGUAGGCCGGUACCGACAGGACAUGCGCAGGGAGAGUUUGACGAGCGUGAUGUCGAGGAUGCCCUGAGAGGCUUUCUCGGGCAGGGACAGGGAGCGCGAGGAUGAUGCGACUUGAGGAGGGCUGACGGAGUUAUGAGGAGUAGGUCAGCAUUCAAGCGCAAGCCGUUAGUACCCCCAUCGAGGAAGUCGCGGCAAGGAACACCAGGGUGAUUUGUAGUCGAAAAAGGGUGAUUAAUAGUCAAGCAACAGCUCUCUGAUCAGUCAUCGACGUUCGCAGCUGUUCGGGUUUCCUGUUCGAAAAGCGUACUCACUGUCAAUUCCUUCUAGAUUUGAUCUCACACAUGAGAAGGCGUUGUCAACAUGUGCCUUGCACCUCCUGAACGCAUCUGUCUCGAAUAUUCGCAAGGAGAACAAAUCUAAUACAAGGUAACGCACGAAGCUAACAAUGCACAA